CUGUCUCUCUCCGCCCUACAUGGGACACUCGUUUUAUCUGCUGUAGCUCCACUUUUAGCUUAACCUGACUCGUAUUUCCAUCAGUGUACCCUGGAACCGGAUAACUGUAACUACAAUUCAACGUGGUUUCGUUUUGGUGGCGCGCGAAAAGAACACCUCACUUCGUGGAAGUUCACGGCUCAGAUGGGCACUUCAAUAGUUCUCCGAAGGUGACUGACGGGUAACUGCACGCGCAACAUGCUUAACUAGUAGCACAGAUCAAUAAAUUUGUGUCAUUUAGGCUGGCGUAGGCGAUGUGAGUGACUUUUUUAAAGUAGGCUACAGUCGUUUGAUUCCGCUGUGGUCUGGAGAGACAACCAGUCCCAUGCCCGCGCCCCGCGUGUCAGGCUGCACUCUACCCCGAGGACAGUGCCCUAGGCUCGGGGGUUAGAUGGUGCUUAUCACGGACGACAGGGAUGGAGGAGGCGCUUCAUCUGUCCGGGUCAAACAGCUCCAGCAGCAGCAAAAAGUCGGGGGAAACAUCACCCUAGUCCACCCGACCAUAGUCGAGGAGCCGCUGUCCAACUCUGACGAGGACUAUCUGGGCUCGUGCGAGGAAGACGAUGAAGAGGACGACGGAGGGGAGGAAGACCACGAUGAAUUCGAAGAAGUUGACUUUGAGGACUUGGAAGACUGUCGGAGCAUCGUGUCGGACGACUCCUUCUACCCGCCGGAUGAUGUGUUCGCGGACUCUGAGCGCACCCCGUCUCCGGAGAGCCCGGAGCCGCUGUCUUUUUUCCGGGCGUGCUGCACCAACAACGCGGCUAUCGUCCGGAUUAUGAUACGGCAUGGGGUGAAGGAGGAAGAGGUCAACGAGAAGGACAGGAACAACAGGAUAGGGCUGUUGGUUGCGUGUUACCAAGGUUAUGUGGACGUCGUCAUAGCGCUGUCUCAGUGUCCGUAUCUGGAUGUCAACUGGCAGGACAGUGAGGGAAACACAGCUCUCAUCACUGCAGCUCAAGCAGGCCACAUAACAAUCACCAACUAUCUUCUUAACUACUACUCUGGGUUGGACAUUGAGAGGAGGAACUGCCAUGGCUUCACCGCUCUGAUGAAAGCUGCCAUGCAGGGCAGGGUGGAAUGUGUGCGCUCGCUCAUGAUGGCAGGAGCUGCUCUGAAUGCCAGGGACUUUGGCCGCAACUUGACUGCCAGGGAGUGGGCCUUUUUUACGGGCCGUUAUGAAACUGCCUGGGUGAUGACUCGCUUGAUGGAGCGGCCCUGCGCCAGCCAGUACAGUGACACGUACAGUCUAGAGUGGCCCCCACUGGCAUCAUUGGUGGCCAAAGCCCAGGAGCCCCGUGGCUGUCUGAAGCGCCUGUCGGACACCGUGCGGAACAUCUUCAACAUCGCGAAUGUCACUAACCCUGAGGAGGAAGGUGUCAUUGAUCACAUGGUUUCUAUUACAACUGCGAUGAGGAGCCCUUUUAUUGCUGUGGCAUGCCAUACAGUGUGUCCCGACAGUCCCCCAAGUGUGGGCAAACGCCGCUUUGCAGUUCCUGAGAUCAUCCGCCAGCAGCGCGCCAAGGAGCUCCGCUCCGUCAACCCUGACAGGGUGCACAGCCAUCUCAAACUCUUUCAGAACUCCCGGGUCACACUGGUGGCCAAGAACUCAGUAGACCGCAGGGCCAGCCUUCAGGCCCAGAGCCUGGGGCCUCGAAACAGGAGCUCCAGCCUGGGCAUCGUGUCUUAUAACGAAUCCCUGGAGUUGCGGAGAACCAGCCUGUUGCCCAUGCACAUGGUGCUGAGGAGGAGCAGCGUCAGGCCAGGGUACAGCAUCCCCAAAGUGAGGGUGUCCAAGGCCCCCACACCCACUUAUGAACCAGAAAAGAUCCGGAGGAAGAGCAGUGCCAAAGACGGAGGGGGGCACCUACUGCAGAUACCAAAGUGGCGGUACAAGGAGCUAAAAGAAGAAAGGAAGAAAGCCGAGGAGGCCGAGAGGAGGAGGCUGGAGGCUGUAACCAAGAGACACCUUUCUGCUGGAAAAAGGAAAUAAUGUUAUUGCCUCAGAGGAUAGAAUGGACACUACCCCAAAAAGACGCAAAAUCUGGACAGACCAUAAAGUUGGACAGAUUUGGCUUGAAUGUCUUUCUAUAUUAUUUGUGCUCAGGGUGAGCCUAUAAUUACCAGAUGCAUUGCUCAAAGAGGUCAGAAGGGGAUGCCGGCUGGCCUCUUAAAAAUGGUAGCCGGAGCUUUAACAGCAUGUGUAUGAUGCUUAGUGUCCUUUAUGAUGUCAAACAGUGAAUACCCAGGAGGUUUGAUACUUGAAAUGUUUUUUAGCUAACUUAUUUUUCAUAUUUAUUGCUUUUUAAUGGACGGCCAAGUCUAUAUUUUGUUAUGCGUUGGGUGCUCUAUACUGCAGUGUUUGUGUAGUAUGUUGCACCGUAUUGGAGCAGAAAACACACAUUCUUUCAGAACUGUAACCACAGCAGAAAUGUGUUCAUCCUUCUACCAAAAAAAUUGGAAGCAUUUUAUUAAAGAUGUUAUGGAAUAAUGUCUUUACCAGAUUCAGUCGAGAAUACUAAUGGGCAUGUCAUAUUGACUGAGAAGGCUAAACACAAGCUUAUAUAGAAUCUAAUAGCAUUUGACAGCAGUUUUUAGAUGCUUUUUGUUUUGCUUUAUAAUGAGAAAACCCUUGAAUGUAUUUUGCAUAUAUAUUUUAUG